GCCGGGGAGUGAAAGCAGAUCGACUCAGAAAAAAAUAAUCAUCACACACUUACUACAAAGCAGUUUCAUCACACAUUCUUCUACUGACCCCGUGUUCAGAGGCACUCCACUAGUUUUAUUGGGGACCCUGAAGGACUCAGUGAUCAAAGCUCAAUACGGAACGGAAAACACCACUGAAGGAACUCAUGAAGACCCAGACAUCAGGCAGCUGAGGGGGACACCUGUGGACCCAAAGACUGACAGACCCGAAGACCCACACACACACAUCACACGUACAUCUACUUCCCCAGAUCCAAAGCAAGAACCAAGGACCUAUCGCCAACCACAAGCUAGCUAGCUAGUUAGGAUUUUGAGGGAGAGGGUUUAAGGGGUUUGUUUUUUUGUUCUUCUCACAAGUCCCUCCCCACUCCCCUUCCCCAAUCACAAACUAAGGGGACACAUCUCCACCAUCUUCCCCCCCCUGUGACCCGUUGUCUGUGUCAUUGUCAUCGUCUUUGUUUGUCGUCCUCGUUGUAACCGCCAUGAAGCUUAAGGAGGACAUGAGUCCUUUGCUGCUGCAAGUGUUCCGCUCGGUCGUGUGGGUCUACUCCGUCAUCACCUUCCUCCCCUGGUACAUGCUUUCCGGCGCCGGCACACAGCAGAACCGGGCCAAGCAGCUCAAGGCCUGCUCGGUGAGCGGGAGGCCUGCGGGCCCGUACCGGUCUUUGAACAGCGCGCAGCGGCUGGUGUCGGCGCUGCACGAGGGCGUGGACACGCUGGACAAGGUGUUCGAGUACGCGGCGCGCCACUUCCCCGAGAGGGACUGCCUCGGCACGCGGGAGCUACUGAGUGAGGAGGACGAGCUGCAGCCCAACGGCAAGAUCUUCAAGAAGGUGAUCCUUGGGGAGUACCAGUGGACGUCGUAUGAGCAGGCCUUCAGGGCGGCACAGCACUUCGGCAGCGGCCUGGCAGCGCUAGGCCAGAAGCCCCAGUGCAACAUCGCCAUCUUCUGCGAGACGCGGGCAGAGUGGAUCAUCGCCGCCCAGGCCUGCUUCAUGUACAACUUCCCAGUGGUGACCCUGUACUCCACCCUGGGAGGCCCAGCCAUCGCUCACGGGCUCAACGAGACAGAGAUCACACACAUCAUCACCAGCAAAGACCUGCUACAGAGCAGACUGAAGGCUAUUCUGCUGGAGGUGCCCCGUCUGCAGCAUGUGAUCGUGGUGGACAGCAAGCCCACCUCCUGGCCCGGCUUCCCCCGAGGAAUCUCCGUACACAACAUGUCCGCCGUGCAGGAGCUGGGGGCCAAGCCAGAGAACAUGGCAAAGCCCCGUGCUCAGCCGCUCCCCUCUGACAUCGCGGUCAUCAUGUACACCAGCGGCUCCACGGGGAUCCCCAAGGGAGUCAUGAUCUCCCAUAGCAACAUCAUCGCAGGCAUCACCGGCAUGGCCGAACGCAUCCCCAACCUGGAUGAGAAUGACACCUAUAUCGGGUACCUGCCCCUGGCCCAUGUGCUGGAGCUGAGUGCAGAGCUGGUGUGCGUCUCUCACGGCUGCCGCAUCGGAUACUCCUCUCCACAGACGCUGGCGGACCAGUCCACAAAGAUAAAGAAGGGCAGUAAGGGAGACACCAGUGUUCUGAAGCCCACCCUGAUGGCUGCUGUACCGGAGAUCAUGGACCGCAUCUAUAAGAACGUGAUGACAAAGGUGGAGGAGAUGAGCAGUGUGCAGCGCACGCUCUUCGUGCUGGCCUACAACUACAAGAUGGAGCAGAUCUCCAAGGGCUACGGGACGCCGCUCUGUGACCGGCUGGUGUUUAACAAGGUGCGUUCUCUGCUGGGCGGGAACACGCGGCUGCUCCUGUCGGGCGGCGCGCCUCUCUCUGCCGCUACGCAGCGCUUCAUGAACAUCUGCUUCUGCUGCCCCGUGGGGCAGGGUUACGGCCUCACAGAGACCUGCGGGGCCGGCACCAUCAGCGAGAUGUGGGACUACAGCACAGGAAGGGUGGGCGCGCCGCUGGUCUGCUCCGAGAUCAAACUGAAAGACUGGGAAGAGGGUGGCUACUACAGCACGGAUAAGCCCCACCCCAGAGGGGAAAUUCUGAUUGGAGGACCCAACGUCACCAUGGGUUACUACAAGAACGAGAGGAAGAACCUGGAGGACUUCUUCACGGACCAGAGCGGCCAGCGCUGGUUCUGCACGGGCGACAUCGGAGAGUUCCACGCCGACGGAUGCCUCAAGAUCAUUGACCGGAAAAAGGACUUGGUGAAGCUGCAGGCGGGAGAGUACGUAUCUCUGGGGAAGGUGGAGGCUGUGCUGAAGAACUGCCCUCUUAUAGACAACAUUUGUGCCUAUGCCAACAGUGACCAAUCAUACGUCAUCAGUUUUGUGGUGCCCAAUCAGAAGCAGCUGACGGUGCUGGCGACCCAGAGUGGUGUGCGCGGCUCGUGGGAAGAGAUGUGCAACAGUCCCGUCAUGGAGAAGGAGGUGCUACGGGUCAUCACCGAGGCCGCCGUCACAGCCAACCUGGAGCGCUUCGAGAUCCCCAAGAAGAUUCGUCUGAGCGCGGAGCCCUGGACGCCGGAGACGGGCCUGGUGACGGACGCCUUCAAGCUGAAGCGCAAGGAGCUCAAGUCGCACUACCAGGACGACAUCGAGCGCAUGUACGGCGGCAAGUGACGCCCGCCGGCUGCCCGUAGGGGGCGCCCUUCCCACGCAGCUCCUCCUGCCCACCACCCUGACGUAAGAAGCCACACAUGUACCCGUACACACACCAACACACACACAUUAACACAUAAAGACACAUCCACACACAUGAAUACAUAAAAACACUUACACACACAUGUUAACACAUAAAAACAAAUACACACUAACACAUAAAAAAACACACACACACUCAUACUCAUACUCAUAUGUGUACACAGACACACACACACACACACACACACACACACACACACACACACACACACACACACACACACACACACACGUGUCCCUCCUGCUCCUUACUUCUCGGACUUGGCCAGGGCCAGUGACCACACAGAGGAAGGGGGCGGCAAAAAGGAGUUCCUGGACUGAGAAUGCAGUUACUGAUAUAAGGACCAAGAGACAAAAUGAAGAGAGAGUGAGGGAUGGAUGAAGACGCGAUAGAGAGAGAGAGAGAAAGUGAAUGAAAGAGUGACAGAGAGAGACGGGACAGAUGGACGGACGGACGGACAGAAGAUCGCAGAGAGAGUGAAGCUGCAUCCGGGUCCUCACACUCCAAUCGUCUCCCUAAAGUGGCUUCGAGCGCAUUGCUUGUCGCUCUCGCGGACGUCUUUUAGACGACUUUUAGACGUCUGCGCGUCUUACCCCUGACAUGAUGGGACACACACACAUGUCCUUUUGGGCCUCCUACUGUACUUGCUUUCUUUCUCCCUCUCUCUGUCUUAUUUUCUUUUUUUACCUUUCUUCUUUAAAUUUAUUUUGCUUUAUGUUUUCUACUUGUUAUAAAAAAAAGGGUGGUGGUGUUGUGUCUGCAAUAGCCUGUAACCCAUUCUGACUCCUGCCUAACUAUGCUCUCACACUCCCACUCUGCCUCACCCUGUUGUUUCCUUGUGUGCACGUGUGCAUGUGCGUUUGUGUGUGUGUGUGUGUGUGUGUGUGUGUGUGUGUGCGUGCGUGUGUGUGAAGCCCAGAGGUAAUGUGAAGGAGACUCAUUGCUGCACGACAUGAAGGCUUUGUUGCCAGGGCCUGGUGACGGCCCAACUCUGCCUCCUCUCUGCAGCAGAUGCAGGGGAAAAAUAUUCAUCUUGAUUUCUGUGUUUUGACAGUUAUGCUUUUUUUGUUUUUUGUUUGUUUUUUAGAGUGAGUGUUCCUUUAUUUGUUUUUUUUUGUCCUGAUAUGUUGUUUUGUUUAUUUACUACUCUGCGAUACUGGAAGAUAUCUGCUUUACCCGUAGUGGCACUUCCUGUUCUUUCUAGGGUGUCAGGUGUUGACCCCUGCAGCCCGACCUGUGGCUACUCUGGGGGGGGCGGAGCCUGUGCUCAUAAGGUCAGCUUUGGGCUUUAGUGCUUGCUUGCCCAGGGAAAUUGGAGGCCUACGCUUUUGUAAAGAGUGUGCUUAGAAACACUUCAGCUUGUUCCUCCCCUCUUUCAUGCUCUCUCUUUAUCUCUUUAGUCUGUUAUGUGUAUGCCCUCCCAGAAACGGAUUAUGCUUUUCUUUUUGUUUUGUUUCAUUUUGCUUCCUUUUUUAUUCCACGAGUUACUGUUUACUGACUGUUCAGAUAAAGUAAUAAUACGCUAAGUUGCUGUACAAUGACA